AUGGCAAACGUUCACCCGUGUAGGUUGCUUGUGGAAAACCUUGUAGCGUUAUGCGAAAAACUACAAGCCAGUGAGGACUACGCUGGCCUCAACUACAUGUUUAAUGGAUGCUGUCCUGCUGUCCCACUGAAUCUCCUGGAGACUGACGAGAUCUUGAAGGCCCAAGCGGUUCUAGCCUUGCUUGAGGGCCGGUACAGCGACCUCUAUCGUAUCCUGGAGAGACACCACUUCGCACCGCAACAUCAUGCGCGGUUACAGGAGUUGUGGCUAAGGGGGCAUUGUGCAGAGGUGGAAGAGAGCCGGGGACAGUCAGUAAACCCAGUCGGACGUCAUCGUCUACGCAAGAGAUUCCCACCCCCACCAACUAUAUGGGACGGGGAGGAGAGGUGUUAUUUCUUCCAGCGCAGAUCGCGACAGUUACUGAAGGACUGCUACGCUCGUAAUCCCUACCCUUCGCCACGCGAGAAAGUUGAGUUGGCAAAACAGGUGGGACUGACGAGGGUCCAGGUUUCCAACUGGUUCAAAAACCGACGGCAUCGUGAUAGGAGGGGAGAAGAAUCUGCUCCAACGCCUAGGUAA